UUUUGUUUUUGAAUCGGUUAUUGGCGGCAAAUCGUGAAAGUUGAAACUCGGAAUUAGGAUUACUCGAAAUUAUACUUUGCUCUUGCGAAAAUAAUGAGUUUUAAAAUGUAUAAUGCAACUGAACUUUGGCAGGUUGAAACAAGCUUACCUUCCAUAUCCACCUUUAGCCAAAGUCUUGAUAAAGUUAUCGGCAAUGAUGGACUGCAAUUAGGAUCACUAACAGAGUUAUUAGGCUUACCGGGAACUGGAAAAACUCAACUAUGUUUACAGCUCUGUUGUGCAAUUCAAAUACCAAAAGUAUUAGGAGGUUUAUGUUCUGAAGCACUUUAUAUAGACACUAAUACAAACUUUACAAUAUGCAGAUUUAGAGAAAUUCUAUUUGCAAGCUUAGCAAAAUGUCAAAGACUGCUGGAAACUUCAAUAUCAAUUAAUGAAGAGGAAGCAUUAAAGAAAUUGCAUUAUGUUAAUGCUUUUGGGCUUGAAAAGUUUUGUGCAUUUUUAUACCAAUUACCCAACUUUAUGAAGAGUAGACCAAAUAUCAAAAUUAUAGUGAUCGAUUCAAUAGCUUUUCCAUUUAAAGAGGGUAUAUCAUUGAAACAAAGGACUGGAUUACUAUACAGACUAAUGGCAGAUUUAAACAAAUUGGCAGUAGAAAACCAAAUUGCAGUUGUAAUUACUAAUGAAAUGACUACAAGAAUAGGUCUGUCAUCUGGCGCUAUAGUUGGGGCACUCGGCGAUGCUUGGGCGCAUCGAUGUAACAAACGUCUGCUGCUGUCUGCGCCUGAUCCACUUGAUAAUAUAAGACUAGCUGUGCUACUUAAAAGUAAUAAUUCUCCAGAAACUAUUGGCAAAUUUCAGAUAACACACGAGGGAAUUCGGGAUAUUGAUUAAAAAGCGACUGGAACAUACAUAGUUUUAUUAAUAAUGUAUUCAAAUAUAUAUAAUACAUCGUAAACAAAACUACAGCACCAAUAAAUAUCUCAUUUUCACAAAAAUAUCAAGCUUUUAUUUCUACAACAUCUCAACAGUUAUAUAAAGGCAGUUUCAUAUCGGAACUUAGCUUUGCAAGUGCAAUACAAACAUUCUUUCAUUUUGAAGUCUUAUUAUGCUUUUUCUUAAGAAACAAUAGCGAGUAACACCCGUUUGUAGUCUCCUUUCGUAUCAUCCUGCAAAAUAUUACAUUCAUAUCUGUUAUAGUACUAUUUGUAAACAUGCAUUGCUUAGAUAUAUGUAA